GAGCACGCCCAAGCCCGCUUCGUUGCGCCAACAGGACAUAUCGCCUCUGCAGACGACAAGCAUAUGUGGGUCUUCCCAUCUCUUCCUUCAACACAAGAUACAGAAUAGACUGACAAUCUUAAGGAUGGCCUAUGUAGACUCCAAACUAGCCCGUCUGACUCCAUCACAUGAAGCUUCCACUUCAACCACAAAUCAAUCCUCUACACCAGUAGACCCUACCUAUGUCUCUACAACAGCGACACAACAAGUUGCAGCAAACCCAGCUUCGGUAGCUCGUGGCCAUCUCGACGAAGUCGAUAUAAACCAGUCCACCCUACCCACCAACACAACAACAUCCCGCCCCCCAAAACGCCCACGCAAACCCUGGCAUAACCGCCGCAACAGCGCCUCCCUCGCCCGCGACGCAAUGGUCGACCAAAUCCUCCGCGAAUCCCAACUAAACAUUUACGAAUCACCCUCCACCUCUGCCACCCCUCAAGGGCCCACCUCCACAGCAGCAGAGACAGAAGACGCAGACGAACGCAUGGCUGCUGAAUUUCAGAGAAACUUCUACGCUCAGGCAGAGGAAAGAGCUGUCAGGAGGGUUGCUGCUCCACCGCCUCCGACGUUUGGUGCUAAUAAGUUGGAGAGUUUGAAGGGGCCCAAGUUGGGUGGGAGUAGGAGUCAGAGGGCUGCCAUGCAUGCGGCCGAAAAGGCAAAGGGUGCGAAGAAAUGAUAUUACGACUCUCAUAGUAAGAUUACAGAAAUUGAUACCCUUUUAUUCUUCA